AUGCGCGGCAAUCGCACACACAGCUACGCGCCGCUGCCAGUGAGCGAGGACGAGUCCUCCCUGUUUGUGUCGACGAACAAGUCUUGCGAUACGGUCAACGAAGGCUACCGCUGCAGCCCCAAGACAACCCACUUCUGGGGCCAGUACUCGCUGUGGUACUCGGUGCCGUCCGAGAUCAGCGUCGAGCCUCCCAAGGGCUGCCAUGCCACCUUCGCAAACGUCCUCUCCCGCCACGGCGGCCGCGAUCCUACAGCGGGCAAAUCGCUAGCCUACGCCUUGUUGAUCGCCGAGAUCCAGAACCAGAGCACCGCAUUUCCCGACGAGUUUGCUUUCCUGAAGCACUACACGUAUAACCUAGGCGCAGAUGAGUUGACAGACACUGGACGGCAGGAGAUGGUGAACUCGGGCGCCCACUUCUUCCGCCGCUACCAGAAACUUGUGGAAGAGCACACCCCUUUCGUGCGUGCUGGCGGCCAGCACCGUGUCAUCGAGUCUGCCGAGAAGUGGCUCGCAGGCAUCGCACAGUCGCUGGACAUAGAGCCUAAGAAGGUCGACCUCAUCAUCCCAGAGGGCACUGAAUGGAACAACACGCUCUCUCACGAUGUCUGUCCUGCCUUCGAAAGCGGCCCCAGCCACGGCAUUGGCUACAGAGCGCAGGCCCUGUGGGCAUCCAAAUUCGUUCCCCCUAUCCAGAAGCGCGUCAACUCCAAGCUGGGCACCAACCUGAGCGAAACCUUCAUUGUCUACCUGAUGGACAUGUGCCCAUUCGACACACUUGUGCGCCCUUCCGCUAAAGUGUCUCCGUUCUGUCACCUGUUCACCGAGAAGGAGUGGCACCAGUACGAUUACUUCCAGACCCUAGGCAAAUUCUACGGUUUCAGUGUUGGAAACCCUCUUGGUGCUACCCAGGGCGUCGGCUACGUGAACGAGCUGCUAGCCAGGCUCCAGAACAAGCCCGUCGAGGACAACACAAACACGAAUCGCACGCUCGACUCCGACCCUGCAACCUUCCCCCUAGAUCGCAAGGUGUACGCCGACUUCAGCCACGACAACGACAUCAGCGGUGUCCUGGCUGCUCUGGGUCUCUACAACCAGACGAAGCCGCUCUCAAACACGACUGUGCAGGGCACUGAGGAGACUCAUGGCUAUUCUGCCGCGUGGACCGUGCCUUUUGCCUCUAGGCUGUACGUUGAAAAGCUGCAGUGCAGCGGCGCAGAAGAAGAGUUCGUUCGCGUCAUCGUCAACGACCGCGUCCAGCCUUUGGAGUUCUGCAACGCGGACAAGCAUGGUAGAUGCACGUUGAGUAAGUUUGUAGAAAGCCAAAGCUUCUCCAGGGGCGGCGGCUUGUGGAACCAGUGCUACGAAUAG